AAAAAAAAACAUGUGAAAGUGAAAAGUGUACAGGAAAAAUAAGGGGCUGCGAAGCAGCCCCAUAAGCCCCUAGUCUCGUUUAAUCGAAGAAUCCCAGUCCUCAUUUUACCCAGAUGACGGGAUCAUGAAGUAGUCUCGUUACUACCUACCCGAAAGUGCAUUCCGUAACGCCUUCUGUGACAUCUUCGCACCGAAUGAAACACAAAAUAACAUUUCUUCGUUACGAAAAUAAUUUCAGUGAUUUCAUCUAUAACUGUGAAUCGCCCGUGCCCUAAAAGCACCUGGAUCAUCACCGAAGAUCAACUAAACUCUCGACUUCAGUGGAUUACGGAAUUGGAAUCGUUUAUCCCAACUAUCGAUUCGUAGGAACCAUUCCUACCAGGAGUCCACCCUUUCUCCAAUCAGUGUAUCAGUGUCACAACAUAACUCAAAGUGAUCUUUUUUCAAAUAUAAAGCCUCGUUCGCUAAUGAUUCUUUCCUGGCGCAGCGAGAACCGCCAGAUUUGAUCCGUUCUUCCCACUAAUUCAACUCGUUUUCCCGGAUCAGUUUUUCUUCCCGGAGUCCUUACCCCAGUUUACUCUCCCGAUCUGUCGAUAAUUUGAUCAUUACAGUGCAGUUAUCUCCCCGCAAGUUAGUUUUGACCCGGAUAAAGUGCGGUAAAAUCAGACUCGAUUGUUUUUCAUCGUUUUUCCAGAUCCGAUUUUUCCGAGUUCUCUCCCCCCAGUUUCUCCACCCCUCGGAUCUUGGUCAAUAACCGUGGUGAGGGUUAUCACCCUGCAAGUGAGUUGUGUCCGGACGUCCUAGUUUUUCGGUGCUCAUCCAGGAUUCCUCCCGAUGCCAGGCGUCCACCUCUACGUCAGCUACCCUCGAUCCGAUUGACAGCCCAUUCGGCGAGAGCCUGCUCCUCGCUCGGAUGGUCCGAAGCCCCGGGGUCGGUCCAGUCGAGACCAGCUCCUCCUUCCUCGGGAAUCUGCGGGACUCGUGACGUAGCCCGGGCGCAGCGGAUGUUGCUGGACAAGAUGAACUGUCGGCUCUGCGACCUGAUGAGCCACGGCCUCCACCACUCACCGGUGGCGCCGCCGACGCCGACGCCCACACCGACGCCGCGCAGCGAGUCGCCGGCGUCGGUGAGCUCCUCCGUGAGCUCGGUCCCGCUCGGGGAUUUCGGGAUCGGCUCCCUGUCCGCCGCCGGCUCGCUCCUCCAUCUCCGGGAGCUCCUCAUCAAUGCGUCGCUCUACAGCGCAG